AUGACCUAUUCAUUGGCAUUCAUAAAGUAUAUCAACAAGGAAUAUAUCAUACAAAGUAUCAAAACUCUAAGCGAUUCUAGCUAUGACCUGAACGAGAAACUAGGAAUAAUAGCCCGGAUGACAGAUAUUCUUUCAGACCGCAAUUUGCUUCGUGAUCCAGACAUGCAAAAAGUAUAUCCAAAUCUAAUACAUUUAUUAUUGGACGAUUUGCUCUAUGACAGUAUACUCGUCCUGUUGGGUAAAACUUGCAUGCUCAUGAAUCAAUUACAGAACAUUUUGUUCGCUAAUGGCAUAUUUGAUCACUUAAAAUACAAUAAAGUAGAGACAGACGUGUUUGUAUAUUCGUUAUGCUAUUUAAACAUUGAUCUAGCCAAGUAUUAUUUCGAUAACAUAUAUAGAAAAGAAAUUGACGACGAAGGGUUUAUAGCAAUGCUAAAGGAGUGGUAUGUGAAGGAACUGAAAAGUUGUGAAGACAAGCCGUUUAUUUGA